AUGAUUCCUUUGGACAUUAAGGCAAAAACGAAAGACUCGGAGGCGGAUCUAAACGAAAAACCAAACGAAGAACCGAACGAAGAACCGAACGAAGAACCGAACGAAAAACCAAACGAAGAAUCAAACGAAAAACCAAACGAAGAAUCAAACGAAGAAUCAAGCGAAAAACUAAAUGAAGAACCAAACGAAAAACCAAACGAAAAACCGAACGAAAAACCAAACGAAAAACCAAACAAAAAAACAAACACAGAACCAGUGCCUGACCUGGAGAGGGCCCCUUUUGUAGGUGAGGAAAAUAAAAUUUAUGUAAAUGAGGAAGAUGAAAAUUUUGUGAAUAAUUAUAUAAAUGAAAAUAUAUUAAAUUUAAAAAGUGUAGAUAAUUAUUUAGAAAAGAUAAAUAAUAAAAUCAAAGACUUAGAUGAUAAUAUUAAUGAUAGAAUACAGAAAUAUAUAUUGAUGAAAAAUGAAUAUGAAAAAAUGUUCAAGAGAAUUAAAGGUAGAACAAAAUUAAUAAAUAAUAUAAUAGAUGAUAUUGAUAAAAAGACUGAAAAGAAUCAAGAUGUUUUAAUAAAUUUAUGUAAAGAUAUUAAAAAAUUAGAUACAGGAAAACAAAAUGUAACACAAACUAUAAUAUUAUUAAAACGUAUAGUCAUACUUAUAACAGCUAUUAGCAAAUUAAAAAAAAAAGCUAUAAAAAGAGAAUAUAAAGAUUGUAUUUAUUUAAUACAUGUUAUAAAAGAAAUGUUAACACAUUUUUCAGAUUUAAAAACAAAUCACAAAUUACAAAAUCUUUAUCAUGAAACAAAGAUAUUAUUUAAAGAUUUAAAAAGUCAAAUUAAGGAGGAUAUAGAUUUGAUAUAUGAUCCUCACAUAUUAAUAGAAAAAAAUGAGAUUAUCUUAAAUGAUCACCUCAUACCCAUACAGAAGCAUAAUCAAGAUAAUGAUAAUAAUAAAACCAACAGGACAGGAAAUGAAAAUAAUAACACCAACGGGAUAGGAAAUGAAAAUAAUAACACCAACGGGAUAGGAAAUGAAAAUAAUAACACCAACGGGAUAGGAAAUGAAAAUAAUAACACCAACGGGAUAGGAAAUGAAAAUAAUAACACCAACGGGAUAGGAAAUGAAAAUAAUAACACCAACAGGACAGGAAAUGAAAAUAAUAAAACCAACAGGACAGGAAAUGAAAAUAAUAAAACCAACAGGACAGGAAAUGAAAAUAAUAAUAAUAAUAAUCAUAAUAAUCAUAAUUAUAUUCGAAUCAACCUAUUCGAUGCAUGCAAUUGCCUAUAUUAUUUAAAUCCUUCAUUCAUAAAAAAGGUCUCUAAGAAAUUCACAAAUUUUUUUUUAGAAAAAUUUAUUUUAAUAUUUGAAAAUCAGGCAAAUACAUUAGAUAGUAUAGAUAGAAGAAUAUCAUGGAUAAAGAGAGCUCUAAAUAAUUAUGAUAAUGUAUACUCUCACAUAUUCCCUUCAGUGUAUAACAUACGAUUCCAUAUAGUAACAAAGUUUUGUUUAAUAACACAAAAACACAUUCUUAAAAUUAUGUCUUCUACAAUGGAACACACAAACAACCCAAGCGAUUUAAUAAAAACGGUUAUCAAUGUCAUCAAUUUUGAAAACUUCCUAAACAAAAAUAUUAAAUAUUAUUCGACUAGUCAAAUAUCUACAUGUCCAGAUUAUUCAUCUCUAGAUUUCCCUUUCCCCGAAUUGUUGUUACAAAAAAGGGAACCAAAAAAAAACAAAACAAAUAUUAAUGCGGAUAAAUCCUCCUUAGAAAAUAAAACUUGUAUUAAUAAUGAGGACGAUCAAAACGAAUUAAACAUAAAUAUAGAUAAUCAUAAUGAACCAAGUGAAGAAGCUAAAUCUUUUGACCAAAAAAAAAACACUAAAUUGAUACAUAAAGAUUUAAAUAUGGAACGUCUUAUAUCUCAAAAGGAAGAUAAGAAUAUGAUAUUUACCCAUAACAAUAAUAAUAAUAAUAAUAAUAAUAAUAACAUGAAUAGUUGUGAAAAUGUUACAAACUUUAAAGGUGCUAUCUCUUGCUCAUUUGACAGCUUUCUAUGUAAUUGGUUAAAAGAUGAAGAAAAAAAAAUAUUAAAUAAAUUUGAGAAUAUUAUAAAAGAAAACAAAGAAGAUUAUAUAAGUCAUAUAAAAAAUUAUAAAUCUAUUAAAGACAUUGGAAAUAUCGAUUUUGAUAAUUUUCACAUAAAUCAAAUUAAUAAUAUAAAUGUACAUAAAAGUGACAAUACUUAUUACAAUUCAGAUAUAAAAAUUAUGGAUGAUAAUAUUUAUAAUAAUAAUAAUGAUGAUGAUAAUAUAUAUAAAUCGUCCUAUUCUAUUUUUCAUUUAUAUAAAAACUAUAUUAAUAUGAUACUUUUAUUUAGCAACUGUCAAACGUUAUAUGAUUUUAUUCUUUUUUUUAAAACAUUAUUAUCUAAAUAUUCGGAUGAAUUAAAUAAUAGAAUUAUUAAGAAAGUUCAAGAAACACAAGAAAUCGAACAUAUCAAAUUAUUAUCUAUAUUAAUUAAUACAUGCUCAUAUAUAAAUUCUAAUAUUAAUGAAGCUUAUGAACAAUUAAAAAAACAUAUGGAUCCUUCUUAUUUUAUAUAUAUAUCUUUUAAAAAAGAAGAAAAAUAUUUCUUAAAUAUAAAAACAAAAUCUAUAAAAAAUAUCAUAUUAUAUAUAAAAGAAAAAAUAAAUAAAAUUAUAUCAAAUAUUACUAUUGUUAAUAUUUAUGAUAUAAAUAAUAUAUGUGAAAAAUCUAAUUAUAUACAUAAUAUAAAAAAAUUACUUUAUCAAUAUUUUCUUUUUUUUAAAAAUAUAUUUGAUAAUACAUGCUUAACAUAUCUAUUAGAAAAAACAACCACCUUAAUAAUUGAACAAUUUUAUGAUACUAUCUUUUCUUUUACAUAUAUAACAAAUAUAACAGCUCAACAACUCCUUCUCGAUUCUUAUGAAAUGCAAAAAGUCUUGUUUAGUAUGACUCAUAUAUUGAAUACAAAUAAUCAAUCUAAGGAUAUGCCCUCCCCCCCCAAAAAAAAAAAUAAUGAUAAAUUAACAAAUCAACAUAUUUCAAACUUUGAUAAACUAACAUGUAAAAAAAAUACAACAAAUAAAAAUCUCUUACCACUGGAAAAAAAUAAUUUAUUGUGUGAACCUCAUGUACAUAUAGAAUAUACUGAGGACGAAACAAUAGUUCAACAAACAUAUUAUAAUUAUGUCACAACCAGAUUAAAUAAAAUACAAUUUUUAUUAAAAAUAUUUUUAUCCAACAUAUAUGAUAUUAACUCAUUCAAUUUGUUACUUUCAGAAAACGAUAAUAUAUGUACAAUAGAAGAGAUAGAAAAAAUACUGACGAUGAAAUAUGAGCAAGACAAAUAUUUAGAAGAAGAAAAUAAAAGUAAUCAAGAUUAUGUGUUGGAUAUUAAGAAAACGGGUAUAAGGGCAGCAGAGGAGUUCAAAAAUUUUAUAUCAAAAAUGACCCACAUGUAA